AUUACAGUUUCCGUCCUGCUCGUCAACGCCAUCGCCGUCUUGUCAGAAGAUCGCUUCCUUGCGCGGAUCGGAUGGGGCUCCUCACAACAGCAGGCCGAGCCAUCCUUCGGCGGUGGAGGCCAGGACAAUGCUAGCGUCAAGGCGAAGAUGAUCAACCUGAUCAAUUCUGUACGGACACUUAUGAGAAGUACGUUUUGUGCCAGCUAUCCACGUCCGCUCGGAUCAAUAUCCUGCCUCCAACUCUGGGGUCCAGACUCCUCUCCACACACACAAACGCACAUAUCUGCGUCACGAGCGACAGUGCUGACAUAUAUGCCUCUUUGA